UUCUGCGCUCCGUACGACGCCUGUUAGUCAAUGACGCUUCUGUUUGGCCCAAAAAGCUCAAUGAGCUGACCUUAGGGGUACUUACCAUAUGUGGUGCCUGAGUCAUCGGCGUUAAUUUGGUUACAUAAAUCCCACUGUUUUAUUUUUCUCCUACACCCGGUCAGGUCGCACCGUGCCCAUGCAUAUGAUGGCCAGGCCCUACUCGAUUGACAGCUGUGGUGGUUUUCUAUUGGGCAUAGUUAUCAUUAUCCUCGUACUUUGGGCCAUCGUUGCAGACGACGUGCGAAACCGGGUUAGUUUCUGGACGAGGUCUAGCUCCAAGUUCCCUGAUUUCAGUCAUUAUGAAAAUUUCACACAUACGCUAUCUAAUGAACAGUUCCCUACUUACGAUAAGGAUAGGAGAAUAAUUGUGAUAGGCGACCUACAUGGCAUGAAUGCGUCUUUAACCACUCUGCUUAAUCGAAUAUCCUAUGACGCACGGAGGGAUAUUUUGAUACACCUCGGCGACCUCGCUACUAAGGCACCCGUGGAAGACUCGCUAGCAGUUUUAUCGUUUAUGGAGAGCAACAAGAUUUUGGGCGUUCGCGGAAAUAAUGACCAGGAAGUCCUGGAGUGGCGCGCUUGGAUGGACUGGAUUGUAUCUCAGCCUGGAGGCAGAAAGUGGCUGAGACACGUUGACAAGCAUUGGUCUGAUUAUGAACCUGCAUCUGAGAAGGGCGACAUAUCUGCGUUCAACCCAUGGCGUCCGUUGAUGAAGAAACCUGACUGGGGAGACAAGGUCCCUAAAGGUUGGAGGCCUCUAGGGGACCAUUACCAGGUUGCGCGAGCAAUGUCCCGCUCACAGUACGAAUACUUGCGAUCUCUCCCUCUCGUUCUUUACGCGCCGGCAGGCCAUGUGUUCUUCGUCCAUGCUGGUUUGCUCGCAGCCGACCCACGCCGGAGAUCUACGCAUCAUAAGCAACCGUUGUCGCACUGGCCAUCCAUACAGCAGCGCAAGCAUGACAUCCCUGCUAUACGGAAGGCACAGGAGCUCGCGUUGCUCUCAGAGAUACCGCAGAACCAAGAUCCAUGGACUGUACAGAACAUAAGGAGCGUGCUCAAAAACGGUAAGCUCACGCCCAGCAGCCACAAGGGGACCCCAUUCUCCGACCUCUGGAAUGAAAUCAUGGGCAGAUGCUCUGGUUUCCAUGAUUCCAAUGCUCAAUUUGAUUCCGUUACACGGCUCACCGGCUACCAGGAGAGUCAACUCGUUCAUCUCCCUUGUUAUCCGUCGACUGUCGUGUAUGGCCAUGCAGCAGGCCGUGGUCUGGAUGUCAAGAGGUGGUCCGUCGGCUUGGAUACUGGCUGCAGUUACGGCCGAAGACUUACAGCGCUGGUGCUUGGUGCAAGGUCUUUCUCCUCAGGGGUUCCAGAUGAUCACAGCCUCGACUUCCUCCCCGAAGAAACCAAUCGGCUGGAUGCAGGGCCUUUUUUCACAGGGGCUGGAGAGUAUCAUGAGUUCGACUCUUUGUCCGACGCAACCAAUCAUCGAAUAAAGUUUGACCACGCGGGAGAAGCCCGCAUAUUCAGUGUCAAGUGUCACUGACGCCCUGACACGCCUCAUUCUCAUCGCUAUUGUUCCUCUCAUAUCCGUCGGGUGCCUAUGCGCAGUGUCUUCCACUCUUACUGGCAUUUUCUCAUCGGCUGCAUAUCCUGUACUUCGGCAUUUCAGGCAUCAUAAAACCCACACUAGUAGCAAUAUCAAUCGCAAAAGUAUUUCUCUCUCUUUCACGGCCAUGCGCAGCAUGCAACUUGACUGGACAGACAAACUUGCAUCGCAGGCAAUGAAAAUCCUGUAUGGGGAAUGG